CUCAAUAGUUGAAAAUACACAGGAAGGCAAACAUGGCUGUUACAUCUUGUAGUCGCACUGCAAUACCAUUACCAUUUCAUGAAGCACAUAGUGUGUUUUGAACGCGUUCCAUGUGAAACAGACGGUCCAUUAAAUGAAAUGUAUAUGUUUUUAACUUUGGGAAAUUCGGAUUGAGGUUUAGCUGUCCAGCAUAUCUCAUGUACCAUUAGCUCAAGAUAGUGGCUAACGUUAACGUUAGUGCCAAUCAGUUUGGCACAGUUCCUUUCAAACUGCACUGACUCGGCGUUUUUACAGUGCCUGCAAACUAUUUGAUUAUGAAGCGAACGCAGAGGCGUACGCGUGCCUCAGAAUCGUCUCCUCAAACAAGUCAAAAACAAACCGGUGGAAGAAAGCGACCUGUGCGAAGAGGGAAACCUCGGAAAUUUCAAAAUUUCGAAGUUUCGUCGUCCUCAGCAAGUGACAGGAGUUUUCAAGAAGACUUCGACGAAGAAGGUGCGAAUGCACGAGGAUGUGGCACUGAGAUUAGUACUCCGAAUAAACACUCCAAGACCGCAACAAAGCAGAAAGGAAAUGGUCGACUGAGCACUGCGUUUUGCCGUCUUUGCCAUGGGAAAUUUUCAAAGAGGAGACUACGACAUGCCUUCGAUAAGCAGCUUGAGGAGGGUAUGGAGGUGGACGACUUCUUGGACAGAGAGAAUCAUGAAGCGCCGCUACUUUUUUGUACUGACUUUCAACGGCUCAUUGGUGUGCCAAUGAAUCGAGACCCACGGUUGUCCUCAUUCAUUUGCAAGACCUGCCAUGCACAGUUCUACAAGUGUCACCGCAUCCUGACCGAUUUCCGCAGAAGGGUAAACCAUACCCCAACAAGCCACGAAGGCAACAGGGAUAGGGGUUCUGAAAGUGUACCAGCUAUAGAAGGAUGCAUAUCAACCACCUCCAUCACCUCCGACCCCAAGUGUCUCCACAGUCUGGUGUCCUGGGCCCACCACCAUGCGGAGGCCUGUCAUUCCUGUCCAAACCUAAGAGAGGUAUUGGAAGAUCAAUGCUGGGGUUCAGUGAAGGCAGUGUGGGGCUGCAUAGAUGGGCACAGCUAUGUGAUGGACACAAUUGGCACUCAACCCAUGGUGAACCCCGGUCAUGGGCCAGACGCAGGGGAACAGCCCAGCAGAGAUAGCAGCCACAGGCCUAAGAUUCCCCGAAAGCCCAGCAAUGCCAGCACCACCACCAACAGCACUGUACAGCCAAGCCCAGCCACCACUCCACAGAUUCAGCACUCCAAACAGGCUGACUUCUCACCCAGCACUGAUGGUCUGUUCCCAAAUGACAAGAUCCCCUCACCUGUAGCAGCUCAACCUAUGGCGCAGACUGCAGACAGUGACCUCUCUGACAGGAACUUCUCCAGUGAUGAGGAGUAUGCAGAUGGAAGGAAGGGUGCAUUGUCUGAUGAGCAGGCAGAUCCAUACCCACCCAAACGGUCUGCGCCAACUAAGAGGCGUACCACUACCAAGGCAGCAAAGCCUCCACCACAGCCUAAAGAAAGAAAGAAGCCAGGCCCCAAGAAGAAGCAGAAAUCUGAAAAAGAGGAGCUGCCCACCAUUUACAAGUGUCCUUACCAAGGCUGCACAGCAGUGUACAGAGGUUCUGAUGGCAUGAAGAAACAUAUAAAGGAGCACCACGAAGAGGUGAGGGAACGACCUUGUCCCCAUCCUGGCUGCAACAAGGUCUUCAUGAUCGACCGCUACCUGCAGAGGCACGUCAAACUCAUUCACACAGAGGAGAGGAAUUACAUCUGUGACCAGUGUGGACAGACCUUCAAGCAGCGGAAGCAUCUAUCAGUACACCAGAUGCGCCACUCGGGAGCCAAGCCACUGCAAUGUGAGGUGUGUGGGUUCCAGUGUCGCCAGAGGGCCUCCCUGAAAUACCACAUGACCAAGCACAAAGCCGAGGCCGACCUGGAGUUUGCCUGCAUGCUGUGCGGCAAGCGCUUCGAGAAGGCCCACAACCUCAACGUCCACAUGUCCAUGGUGCACCCACUCACACAAGGUGGCAGCAACGACACUCCGACCCCGGGCAACCCGUCUGACCUGGAUAGGUCCAGGCAGUCAACCCGUAGCACUGAAACGCCACAAGCCCAACCAAUCCAGGAACUGGACAAUGGGUCUGCCACACAAGACGCCCAGAGGACUACUCUGGCUAGCCCAGACAUGAGCUACAUGCUAGAGAAUCUCUAAUGAGUUUUAAAGAUGUGCCAUAGCGCAAAGUCCAGAUAUUACCUACAUGGACCAGAAAGUAAGGUGUUUUUUUAUGUUUUCAUCAAGACUUGCAGUCCCUUGAUAAAGAUGACUGAUAUAAUUUGCUCCUGAACUGAAUACUAUAUUCAGCACCAGACGCUGUGUAAAAACAUUGCACUAGUGAUUCCCACACGUGAAAGUCAUAAUGUGUUGAUGUGACUAACAGAGUGGGAAAUGUUUUAAACAUAUCUGAUAUAUGGAAUGAGAUGAUUUUUUUUAUAUAUAUAAAGCAGGAAGUAUUGAUUGGUAUGCUGUUAUGAGUUGUAAGCAGAAAGACUAAAGGUGUUUUUUUUUUUUUUGCGUGGGACACAUGCACCUGUGACUGAGACUGUUACAUGAUAUGAAUGACUAAGAAUUGGUCCCAUGAUUUGCUCAAAUGCCCCAAGGAUGCAACAAGGAUAUACUUUGUGCAUUGGAAUUGAUUUUUAUAUUUGGUCAAAUAAAUAGAAGCAGCAGUAUUCAAAUUAACUUUUAAGUUUACAGAAGUUUACUGUUUUGGGGGUGUAAGGAGUAAACACUUAGGAGGGAUUCAGUAAGUCUUCUCUAGUGUGGCCUAAAAUCCACCACCCCACCCUUCACAGGAAGUCCAUCUCUUGGCUCAGGUCUGGAGGACUCAGCUGCAUGGAGAGGGUAGCCGCUACCUCUGGGUCCAGCUCGCCACACAGUUCCUCCAGCUAGAGGGGAAAGCAUAGCGGGCACUAAAUUGUUGACCGUAUGAAUUAUACAGGCAGCUACUUCAAAACCAACUAAACCCACACAAAAUACUUUGGACCAGGCCCCCAUUCUUAAAGAGGUCAAGUGUUAUGUGUUCCCUUCAAGAGACAUUGAUGCCUUUGUACAGUGUUUGAUGUACAGUACAUGGUGGAAAAUGUAACAUUUGUAAUAAGAUAUAUACAACCCCA